AUGUGGCGCCCUACUCUAGCCUCGAAUCAUCGCCCAACAGUCAGCGCUGCUCUUUUUGAUUUGCUUUUCAACAUCUCAGCGGCGAUACGAGUUGUUCCGCCGACCUGCAAUAACAUCGCUGCUACCGCAAGCCGGAGACAUACGCCAGCAAACCGCGUUGACAAGGUCCUCACCCUCCAGGACCGUCGCACCCUCGGAUACGCCGAGUAUGGUAAUCCGAAAGGGUUCCCACUGCUAUAUCUCCAUGGCUUUCCAUCGUCGCGCCUUGAGGGGUCUGCGUUCGACGACAUCGCCUGGCGGCGGAAUCUCCGCAUUAUUGAGCCGGAUCGACCCGGGUACGGCCUAUCUGCAUUCCAGCCAAACCGCCGGAUACUGGACUAUCUCGAAGACACGCAGUCGCUUGCGGACCACUAA